AUGGAAUAUUACGAGCAUUCGAAAUUUGGGAUUGAUUGGGCUCCAUAUCAAACAAUGUUUCCGGGAGAAAGUAAAAGUGGCACAAUCAACCGAAUGACUGAAAUAGUCAUAUUCUUAAACCCACACUGGAAGGGUCUAGUUGCAGAGGAAAAGUGGAAGGGAAAUUGGGAUGUCUACAGAGACCACUUCAGCCAGAGUCUCGCCCACAAGAUAGAGAAGCUCAACUUCAUAGAUUUCAAGUUACGAGCUCUAUUGCUGUUCGUGUCAUCAGUUCGUGUCACUGAAGCCUUCAAAAAACAUCUGGAAGAGUAUCGAUGCAUUUGCCGAUACGAUGAGCAUAAGCAGAAUGCAAGUAGUAUGUAUGAUCUACGUAUCCCCCCCCAAAUCGUGCCCCCGGCCUAUUACACUAGGGCGGGGAAAAACACCAGGGCGAGAAUCGGGGGAGGCGAAAAGAGAUAG